AUGAUUCCGCAUUCUUCCGCCGGCCAUUCCUGGGCCUAUCCGAUGCGUGAUCCCAAUGGAGGACCUGGUCGGCUUGAUCUGGCACAAGCGGCUGGCCACUUCGAUUCACCAUCGACCGCCGCGCAGCAGACCGCGGGACUCAUGCAGUCGCAACCGGCGGCCCGCCCUACACCUACCAUCGAAGCUGGGAGUACGGGUUCCCAUGAUCGGGCACCACCCUUGAAAAGGCCGAGACUGGACCUUUCCGGCACCUCCAACCUGAGCGAUGGUGGCUCGGCCAUGUCGAGUACAGAGCCUCGAAGCACACCCACCGGCACAGGCUCACGGCCGCAGCUCUCAUGGCGAGGAAGGCCUGCUUGGUCGUUUCAAUCUGUCAUCUCAGAGAUCCCUGGCCAUGACGCUCGAGGGGAUAAUGCUUCGGGGUCGAAGCCAUCAUCUCCUCCUCCAUUCCCUGCGCAGCCAUGGACAAGUAUCACAUCGAUUCGCCUGCCAGACACAGACUCGGGUCUCUGUGACCCUCCACCCGUCAAGAACGUAUCGACCACGCCUUAUCGAAUCGAAACACCUUCUACGGCUCCGAUUCUAAAGGGCGACAAGGUUGCCGGGUUUGCACCGUGGACGGGCAAUCACCCGGAAGAUAUACUAAAUGAGCAAACGGCAAAAUCCGGCUACUACGAUCGGACGCAAGUAUCUCAAAAUGAGUCCAACACCGCUCGCCCCGCACUCUAUGCUCAGCUCAAGCACCGGACGGGGUUACAGAUGCUUUCCACGGUCUUCACUGCAGCCCUGGAGAAGCGCCAGAAUCACAGCACUGUGCAUACCCCAUCAACCUUCAAACCACCGCCUCGAGUCACGCUUACUGAUAACAAGCGCGAGGCCUGGCUACGUGAUUUAGCCAACUCCGCCGUACCCCUUCGCCGACUCAGCCGAACGAUUCCUCAUGGUAUUCGUGGCAAGGUAUUGCUGGACCAAUGCCUUGGCAAAUGGAUACCCAUUGCUCGUGCAGUCUGGCUAGCAAAGUGUGUGGGCGCGAACGAGAUUCGCGCCUUCAAACGAAAGGGUACAAGUGGUGCUUUGGCCACGGGUCUUGAGGUCAAGUGGGUUCGUGAAUGGACGACCAAUGUGCAACAAUUCGUGGAAGGUGUCUUCACCGCGCCCAAAUCCACUGAUUGGAAAACCAAAAUGACUUACGCAGUAGGCUUGUGUGCGCGUCUGUUCUAUGAAAACUUGCUGGACCAUGAACAAUUUCUGGACUGGUUUUUAGCAUCCUUUGGAGCUGCGCCGUUGGCAACUGUCCCCAUCUGGUUGCUGAUGCUAGGAAUGUAUUGGGACAACAUCAUGCGAUUUAGGCGGCGAGCCAGGCGUCUGGCCGAGAUCCUCCUGGAGAAGCUCCGCCAGACGACGGCCGCUGAAGUCGAUGCUUUACGUCCCCUCCUAGACCGUCUAUCUCGCUUUGUCAGGAAGAUCGUUCACGAACAUACGUCUUCGAUGAUUCUUCCUAAUGCAUGGCCAGUGUAUAACAACCACGUUCGACAGUGUCUAGACCUGUCGAAGAAAGUCGAUUGCGCGCUUCUUCGCACCGUCGCAACACGGAAUUUACGGGUGCAAAGACCUCAAAGUUCCCAACUGUCAACCCAGCCCUCAUCCCAUCAGCGCGUCAUACACCUUUUCGAUUCCGUUCAUACCGCUCACGAUGCUCUCGCCGCAUCAGCUGCCUGCCUCGAUGCGCUUGAUGACGGAGUCGCUCUCGUGUCGAAGUUGCUCGAGUGGCUUGCAACUCCCUUCCGACACGGUAUCUCCCGUGUCUACGUAGGAGUCCGUCUUCUGCGCCGAUGGAAGGCAUGCGGCGUGGAUGUAGACCAACACAUCUUGACCUUCCUCGCAACUACAGGGACUGGCAAGAACUUGAAUUUGGAGAAUAUUUACCAUACCAUCUCUGAGCUCGUGAGAUCCCAAACGUUUUCGGUCGGUCGCUAUCUUCAAUGGCUAAUGGCCAAGGGAGCAUCAAGCCGCCAACUCGAUGACAACGUUCCCUCGAUCUCCAGAAUGGCGGGUGACAUUGAGCUCAUCACGCAAUUACCGACUUGCCGCCUCCCGGAACACGUCGGCAACCUACGGAAAACUCUCAUGGCGCGGACUGGAUAUUCCACAGCAGAGGAGGUCCAGAUGAUCGAGGAAAUCAAGACUUCAAUCACGCUUCGGCUUCCGGAACUCUUCGACUCGACGCUAGCAUUUAACGCUUCCCUCCCCUCGCUGCCAACAAGUCGCUCAUGGGCCGUCAAAGCAGAAGUCACACAGUGGCUUCGACGUUCUGUCGUCGACUACACUCGUACCAGCUCAUUGAUGCAGCAAGCGUCAUUACCUACUUUUUCCAGCGAAAUUUGCGCCCUUACGCCUGAAGAAUUCUCAACGGUACGGGGCGUACUGGAGGAGUUUGGAGACAUCUCCAUUCUGGCGGAUGUGCUGAACGUGGCAUCCAGUUCGGAUAAUGUCAUCGUCCUUGCUUCCAUUGCCGAUACCAUUAACUUUCAUUUUGAUGCGUUGUCUGUGAUAGGAGCCACAACGGACCUUUUCCGGAAACUCGUCGGUGCUUAUUCUAACAUCAAAAGAAAUAACGUUCCGAGCCUUGAUGUUAUCUUCUCACUCAUCGAGCUUAGCCUCCGUAUGCCCAAUGAAGGUCAUAUCGUUGCAAUCCUCCGUCAAGAUCUCUCGCGUCUGGAGAACAGGUCUGUUGUGGCUGCUUGUUCGCCAAUCUCAGAUCACAUUCCAGAUAGUCUUGCUGACGCAGAUCCCCUACUGAGGGAGAAGCUCGACCAGCUCUUGCAUCUUGGCAACGUGAUUGAUGAACCGACCAUGGAUGCGGUAUUUCGUUCUUUGACAAAACACCUGGAGGGUGGUGAUGACAAUUCGAGCCUGUCAAUGAACGACACCUGCAGAUAUCUGGUGCAAUUGCGAUCUUUCCACCCGAAGCAUUUUGAUGUGACGCUUGCCCGAUGGGUGUGCAUGCAUAUGAAAUCUCCUGACCGUUCGAAUUUGAUGCGUAUCUUGCCUUCGUUGAUCGGCGUCGGGUGUGUGACCAUUCGAUCAUUCUGGUGUCUUGCAAAGAGGCUGUCUGCCUCCCCUGGCUCCAUCCCAAAUGCUGCGAUUCUACCCGCCGAGCUGAUCCAACUUUUGAUGACCGGCGACCAGGACGCGCUGUCCCUUGACCUCGUAUCCUAUCGUUUCAAUAUGGCCCGACAGCAAUUCAUCUCUGAUAACACGGACACCAUUCUCUCAUCCAUACAAGAUGCUGCGGCCUCUCUAAAUAGCGUCGACGGAGCUUUGAUUGCCAAAUUUGACAACUUAGAGAACACGAUGGCCAGGCUGUUGGUGGAGUUGCUAACGCGUAAGCCUGUGCACUCGAGCCAUUACUGUUCGGAGCGAAUUCAAAAUCAGCCCGCUACUUUCUCAUCCGUCGUCAGAGAAGCCCUCGAUAUUCUUCUUGGGGCGGAAACAAUGAAUGGACCUCACACAGUCAUUGCCGAGGUCGAAAACCUUGCUCUCGGGGCCGAUGAAUUUUCGCUUCCGCUCUGCCGGCUUAAACUUCGAAUGAUUUUCCAGGCACAAACAAACCUCGAGAAUCGGAGCAAGCUAGUUGAUGCCGUGUUUCGGACCGUGGUUGCAGGCGUCGGGGCGCACAAGUCUCAAUGGACCGAUCUUGUCGCUAUGAUGAGCUCUGACUCUGUGCGUCAGAUCCGUGAACGGGCCGAGAAAGAGUUUCUUGCCACCCCACUUUUGGAAGAGUCCGUAAUUUCCGAAGGCAUGGGGAACUUGGACGCCGCAAAGCUAUACCUAUCAAUCAUCGAGCAACUUGCGUAUAGUAUUCCGGAAUCUGGUGUGCCCACAAUCGCACCUCUCAUCGUUGAGAAACUGGAAAGUCUCCUGCAAAGGAUGGUUAUGGUUCAGAACAGCCAACUUGAAAACCACCGCGCCCCAGGCACUGACGACGGAUACCGAGAUAUGCAUCGUAUACUGAUCUUUUGGUGCUUGGCGUUGUUGAGAUUAGUUGCUCUUCACCGGACCUCUUUUACUCAAGCACAUGUCACUGCUAAGACCGGCUUUUCGCAAGAACAGUCUCGUUUGCUGGUCUUGAUCUUCUCGAUUGCUCUUUCUCGCCUGUCGAACAUCAAUUUGUCGGACAACCUUUCCGGACCAGAACCCUCUCGCAUACCAGCGGUUCAUGACGAAAGUCAAUCGUGCUCUGAUGUUCCUUUGCAGACCCACGCUUUGGAUCUGGCAGCGAUCUUGAUUGAUGUCUUCCCUGAUGAGGCUCGCCACCAGUGCGCAAGGAUACUGAAAGAGAAAUGUCCCCCCUUUGCGCCUCUCCUGACCGAUCAACGUUUUGUCUACUUGUUGGGACCCUCGUCCGACCUGAACGUGUCCGCUGCGCUCCAGUCCACAUCUGUCCAGUCUCCCAUGGGCUCUGCCUCAACGCCUACACCACUUCCUCCCAACGCUACUACCGUGCGUGAAGCAACUCAAAGUGCACUUCCCACUAGCACGAAUGCGGGACCAUCCGAAAACCCGGGGUGGGUCAUAAACCGGCUACGCUAUGAGCAUCGCGGGCGUGUAAUUGGACCAUACCCCAUCCGACCUUGGGAGUUACUCGAGGAUGCUGCUCCCUUUGUUGGUAUAAACGACACUGCGGUGAACCUGGGAUAUUUUGACGCACGACGUGUGCGUGUGUGA